CAGGACUUCCAGAGGGCCACCGAGGUGCUCCGUGCCGCCAAGGAGACCAUCUCCCUGGCUGAGCAGCGGCUGCUGGAGGACGACAAGCGGCAGUUCGACUCGGCCUGGCAAGAGAUGCUGAAUCACGCUACCCAGCGGCAAGCCUGACACACAGACGCCUUGGACUUCUCGUCAAAGCUGCAUUGACUCUGUACCGCCUCCCCCGGAGUCCCAGGCUCCUGGCUGGGGUCGUGCGGCCGUGGGCCUCCUACCCUAGUGGACACGAUGCUCGGAGAGCCGGACACAGGUGGGAGCAGCUUCCCUGGGUCCACUGGGGAAAUGCCAAAGGGGAGGUUGGAAAUCUUGAAAAUUUUAUAAGCCACAGCCUGACAGAUGGGGAAAAGGACAGGAUGAAAAAAAAAGAGAGUAGUUCCUUCCAAGAAACGAACUGAAGGCCUGCUUUUUCCUUCCUGCCCGACUGAGAUUGAAAUCAGCUAGUCAGCAGUUAUUUCAGAAAUCACUUAAUCUGUUCUUUAAAAAAGAACAAAACAUGUUUCUGCUUUUUUUUUCCCUGUCUACUUUUUAAGUCCUGGGGUCCAGGAGAGGAUGUUCCCAGGCCCUCCACACGCACAACUCCUGGGAGCACAGCUCACACCAGCAUCGUUGGGAACGGUGCUUCUCAGGGCUGUGCAGUGUGCAACUUGUGGGAGUGCACAAGCCGGCGCUGGACUCCAGACGUCACGUGGGGCUCCUUAGGGUCCUGGGAGGGCAUCUCAUGUGUGCCCUCACUGAGGCCACCGAGGGUUUCUUGGUCGGGAGUGGAGGAGGGUAGCCACUGCUGACGAGCAGGCUCCCUGGUCCCAGGCCAGGAUUCUUCCCCCCGGCGCCCCCGGCCCCAGGGCUGCUCUUCCUCUUCCUGAGGUUCCUCCCCGUGCCCCGGGCCUGAGAUGCGGCUCUCUGACCUGCUGGGGAAGGAGAGUUGGAAACUGACAGCAGCAGGAGACAGAGCCCAUGCGAAGCUGACCUUGACCACAUCCCCAUGUUGUUGAGAAAAAAACAGCCUGGAGGGGACGUGCUCUCUGGACGUGGCGGGCGGCGCAGACGUCUGUGUGUGGCUUUGCGUGAACGUCCCUGUGACUGAGCCUGCCCCGCGGCCUGCGGGCCUGGCUCGCUUGGCUUCCUGAGUGCGGGCGGACCAAGACAGCGGAAGGUCUGGAAUCGCUCCCUGGGUGACUCCCGGAUCCUCCAGGAGGCCUGUUUCUUCCAGAGAAGGGAGCUUCCGCUCACCCUCCUCUUCUGAAGGCGCUGCGUGCAGCUCUAGACAAAGACGCCAACCUCAGAAAGGUCCAGGCAGCUUGAGGAAUUGGUGGUUUGGGCUGCGUGACCCCCACCCCAGGCAUAGCAGAAGGAUCCGGGGCUCCCCACGUUCCUUGCCUGAAGGCAUCCGUGUGUCCCUUCUGUUCCCUCAGACUUGGGGUGACGGCAGGCAGCCCCACUGGGAGCAGGGCUUGAGCCAGCACCCUAGGAUGCUGAGCCACGUUGCUGCCGGCUUCUGUCAUCAGGCCACGCACAGUGCCACGGGCGGGGCCGCGGGGCCAGGUCUCCGCUUAGAGCGGGGUCAGGGGACGGCAGGAGCCGCGGUGGCGGGAGGCAGAGCUGCGCGGGCUGCGCGUGGGGGGUCUCCCUGCUGCGCCCACGUGGGCUUUAGGUCGCAGGGCCCCUCCGGCUUCACCUGGUUUGGCCGGGAAGCAGCCCUUAGAGGGCGGUGAUGGCUUUUCACCCUCUGGGAGGGAGAGGAGGCCUGGCGUCCUAGGAAGGAGAAGUUGGCGCCUCUGACGUCUGCGUGGUGGGACCAGAGCAAGGAAGACAACGACCAGGCUUGGACGUGGGGAGGCGUGAGCUGUCGGGACCAGCAGCUGCAGGGGGAAGGGAAGCAGAGUCAGUCUCGCCUCCUGGCCCCGGUGUGGAGCCGCCCGGGGCGUGGAUCUGAGGCCAGCAUGCCCACGAACUGUCUGGCCGGCUCUCCUGGGCUGGUGGGUACGUGCCACCCUGUCCCCUGCAGCCAUGAGAAGCCACCCUCCUGGGCCCCUAGCGCCCAGGGCCGCAGGAAGAACCAGAAAGCACCUGGAAGUGAAGAGCCUGUGAAACCACCUUCCUGGGAGAGAGGACCCUGCUCCUGGCUCUGGUCAUGGAGGCGGAGCAGACCAAGACGAGGAGCGAGCUGGUGCACAAGGAGACGGCAGCCAGGUACAACGCGGCCAUGGGGCGCAUGCGGCACCUGGAGAAGAAACUCAAGCGAGCCAUCAACAAGUCCAAGCCAUAUUUUGAACUCAAGGCAAAGUACUACAUGCAGCUGGAGCAGCUGAAGAAGAUGGUGGACGACCUGCAGGCCAAGCUGGCCCUGGCGAAGGGCGAGUACAAGGCGGCCCUGCGGAACCUGGAGACCAUCUCGGACGAGAUUCACGCGCGCCGGCGCUCCGGCACCAUGGGGCCCCGGGGCCGCGGUGUCGGGGCUGAGGGCAGCGGCGCGUCCGCUGAGGACCUGUCGGGAGGCAAAGGCGAGUCGGACGCUGUUUCUGUGGCCUCCGAGGCGUUCGAGGAUGACAACUGCAGCACCUUUGUGUCUGAAGACGACUCAGAGACCCAGUCCCUGUCCAGCUUCAGCUCGGGCCCCACCAGCCCGUUGGAGAUGCCCGAGCGCUUCCCCGUGGCCAUCAGGCCCGGCAGCCUGGACCUGCCCAGCCCCGUGUCCCUGUCGGAGUUCGGGGCACUGUUCCCUGUGCUGGGCCCUCGCAGCGAAUGCAGCGGGGCCUCCUCCCCCGAGUGCGAGGUGGAGCGAGGAGACAGGGCGGAAGGGGCAGAGAACAAAACGAGUGACAAAGCCAACCACCAGCACCGGGGCCUCAGCAGCAGCAGCGGGGACAGGGGCAGCGGGGGCCUGUGGCAGAAGGGGACUUGUGGCUGUGGGAGCGAAGGUGCCACCGCGUCAGCUCAUCUGACCAGCCAAGGGGACUGACCGACUUGGACGUGCACGUGCGCGAGGGUCGCCGCUCUUGUCUAGACUGACCAGGUGUUGACUUCUCUGUAGGCUGUAACUUUAAAAAUAAAACUUUAUUUAAGGGUUGUGCUGCACUAGCAUUUCUUAGAGGAAAUGGUUCCUGCAAGCUAGGAGAGGGGUAGGCAUGUGUCGGCAAAGGCUGUUCUUUAGAAGCAAUGGCGUCUGUUAUGCUAAUGGUGUCAGUGUUAUAAGACUGCAUUCUCGUUUUCACGGUUACGCAUAUUUAGAGCGCUGUAUUUUAUUUGUCCUUUUUUUGUUAAGAAAACUUAGUAUCCCGAGAAGAAAAAACAAAACCACCCAUCCAAGCUGCCCGCUGGCAGCUCACACGCGUGUCAUUUGUAAUCUCUUCAUCCUGUCGUGCUUUCUCCUUUUUUAAUGACUGAUCCGGUCUCCUAAUUACAAGGUUAUUUUGUACUUGUCUUAAUACCUCGAGUGUAAUAAAAAUGACUUGAAAAAA